AUUUUUCAACGGCUGCGCCACGGUCACGCAGUUCGGGACACGUAAAACAAUUUUACGAAAAAAGCAAAACAAAUUAUAUAGAUUUCGGAUUACCAAAUUCUCAGCAAUAAGGCAGAGCCCGCGGCGUAUCGUUGAAGCACAUAAGGCUACAUGAAAUAACUCACCAAAAUAUCAUCACGCAUCAACCUGCACAACCACAUACACACACAGACCCAGAGGGCAAUGAUUCCACGGAUACUGUGAGGCGUCACCAGUAGCAACCGAAAACUAUUAGCACUAUGAAUAACGUACAGAGUGCCCCGAAUGGCGGGGGCGUGGCAGUAGGCGUAGGAGUGGGCAUCAAGACGGCCCGAAGCAAUAUCUUCAAUGUGGAUGGGCUGCCGCAGCAGAUGGCCGCUCUGAGCAUUGACUACUCCAGCAUCCGGGGCAAGGAUGUCCUGGUGCAGCCCAGCGACGAGCAGCGGGAGCUGCUGCAGAAGAGGCUCCAGGAUCGCAUAGCCGACAACUGUGGCGAGACCAUCUACGAGAUUGGCGUGGGCGAGGAUGGCAGCGACAAUGGCCUAAAUCCGGAGCAGUUUGCUGCCUCCGUGGCCACGCUCCACCUGCUAGCGGCCAAUAUUGAUGCGGAUGUGGUCAAGCUGCGCGAACGGCGAGCAGAGAAGGGUCAAUCGGCCCAGUUCCUCAUCCGGAAGCACAUCGAGACCACCGACUUCAUGGAGAUUCGAGUGGCCGUGGUGGGAAAUGUGGAUGCUGGCAAGUCCACGUUACUGGGCGUGCUCACCCACGGGGAGCUGGACAAUGGUCGUGGCCAUGCCCGGCAGCGACUGUUCCGUCACAAGCACGAGAUCGAGAGCGGACGCACGAGUUCCGUGGGCAACGACAUUCUUGGCUUUGACGGGGUGGGCAAUGUGGUCAACAAGCCGGACCACGGCCACCUUGACUGGGUAAAGAUUUGCGAGAACUCGGCCAAGGUGAUAACCUUCAUCGAUUUGGCUGGGCACGAGCGCUACCUGAAAACCACGGUCUUCGGCAUGACGGGUCAUGCCCCGGACUUUGGCAUGCUAAUGAUUGGCGCCAAUGCCGGCAUAAUUGGCAUGACCAAGGAGCAUUUGGGCCUGGCCCUAGCUCUGGCCGUCCCCGUCUUUGUGGUAGUCACCAAGAUAGACAUGUGCCCGGCCAACGUGCUGCAGGACAACAUGAAGCUGCUGUUUAAGAUGCUCAAGUCUCAGGGCUGCCGGAAGGUGCCGGUUGUGGUCCGGACGCAAGACGACGUAGUGCUCAGUGCCACCAAUUUCGUUAGCGAGCGCCUGUGCCCCAUCUUCCAGGUGUCUAACGUGACCGGUGAUAAUCUUGAGCUGCUCAAGAUGUUCCUCAAUUUACUGAGCACGCGUAUGGCCGGCUCCGAGAGUCUGCCGGCCGAGUUCCAGAUCGACGAUGUGUAUUCGGUGCCGGGCGUUGGCACCGUGGUCUCCGGCACUUGCCUCCAAGGCACCAUCCGGCUGAACGACGGCCUCAUGCUGGGACCGGAUGCAGUGGGAGGAUUCGUGCCCAUCACUAUCAAAAGCAUCCACCGGAAGCGAAUGAAUGUGGCUCGCGUGCGCUGUGGCCAGACGGCAAGCUUCGCGCUGAAGAAGAUCAAGCGCGCCUAUCUGCGCAAGGGCAUGGUGAUGGUCUCGCAGGACCUGAAGCCGCAGGCCUGCUGGGAGUUCGAGGGCGAGAUCCUUGUGCUGCACCACCCAACGACAAUCUCGGCGCGCUACCAGGCGAUGGUGCACUGCGGCAGCAUCCGCCAGACGGCCUCCAUCAUCCACAUGUCGCGGGACUGCCUGCGGACAGGUGACAAGGCUCACGUCAAGUUCCGGUUCAUCAAGCAGCCAGAGUACAUCCGUGCCGGCCAGCGGCUGGUCUUCCGCGAGGGCCGCACCAAGGCGGUGGGCAACAUUCUGCGGCCACUGCCAAAUGCCGCUGCCUCUCCCUAUCGUCCAAAGCCCGCCAAGAUGCAGUCGCGUUCCCAGAACGGUGGCAGCAAUGGCAGUAACAAUCAGCACCGGCACCAGGGCCAGGGCAGCUCCAGUUCCAGCUCGGUAGGAGCAGGGGGCAGCAAGGAUGCCAGCGAGGAGAAGCAGAAUGGGGACAAGCGCGAGGGAGGCAGCCGGCGUGGCGGCAAGCGGAAACGAAACAAUCGCCCCACUCCCUCGUCUAACGGCUCUGCCGGCCUGGGCCUGCCCCUAGGCGAAAUGGCAUCGUCCACCUCGGCCGAGGCAGGACCGGCGGCGGGUCUCACCGAGUGAGGCGUGCCGUUCUGCCUCCCAAUUUUGUUCUUUCUAGUUAUGUAAGCAAAAGUAUUUUCGGAAGCCCCAAAGCGUAGCGGAGGAAUCUACAUACAUAUUUUGCUACUCCCGAGUCCGGACUCCUCUAAUCUGAUAGGGCGUAAGUAAGCCUGAAAUAUUUUGUGCCGCGUUGCGUUCCGUUUGUCCAAAGUAUACAUACAUUUGGUAAGUUGGAAAUGCCAAACCGAAUUCGAUCAUCUCUUUUUUGUUCUCUAGAGUUAAGUCCAAAGAUCACUGCAACAAGAAUUUAAUUUUACAUUCUUUACUUUCUUAAUUGAAUCAAUAAACGCAAGUUUAACUUUU